AUGAAGCCGGGGCCACCGCGCCGCGCCCGGGCCGCCCCUGGAGCCUCCGCCGGGGCCGGGAGGGCGGCCGGGCCCGGGGCCCGCGGGCUGCUCCUGCCUCCGCUGCUGCUGCUGCUGCUGCUGGCGGGGCGCGCCGCGGGGGCUCAGCGCUGGCGCAGCGAGAACUUCGAGAGGCCCGUGGACCUUGAGGGCUCCGGGGACGACGACCCCUUCCCGGAUGAUGAGCUGGACGACCUCUACUCGGGGUCAGGCUCGGGCUACUUCGAGCAGGAGUCGGGCAUAGAGACAGCCAUGCGGUUCAGCCCAGAUGUGGCCCUGGCAGUGUCUACCACGCCCACCGUGCUGCCCACCAUGGACAUCCAGCCUGUGGGCACCCCCUUUGAAGAGCUCACCUCUGAGCGCCCCACCCCAGAGCCCGCCACCAGCCCUCCAGUGGUAACAGAGGUCCCAGAAGAGCCCAGCCAGAGAGCCACCACCAUCUUCACUCCCACGGCUACCACUGCUGCCACCACCACAGGGGCCCCGACAGCAGCCACAGUGCCCGCCACAGUGGCCACCGUUGCCCCCAGCAUCCCCGCAGCUCCCCCUUCCACGGCCACCACCUCUGUUGUAAGGACCACCGGCAUUCGGAGGCUUCUGCCUCUUCCACUGACCACGGCAGCCACGGCCCGGGCCACCACCCCAGCGGUGCCCUCGCCUCCCACCACGGUGGCCGUCUUGGACACAGAGGCACCAACACCCAGGCUGGUCAGCACGGCUACCUCCAGGCCAAGGGCCCUUCCCAGGCCGUCUACGACCCAGGAGCCUGACAUUCCUGAGAGGAGCACCCUGCCCCUGGGGACCACUGCCCCUGGACCCACGGAGGUGGCUCAGACCCCAACUCCAGAGUCCUUCCUGACCACCAUCCGGGAUGAGACAGAGGUGCCAGUGAGUGGGGGGCCCAGCGGGGACUUUGAGUUACCGGAGGAAGAGACGACGCAACCAGACACAGCCAAUGAGGUGGUGGCUGUGGGCGGGGCUGCAGCCAAGCCAUCACCUCCACCUGGGACACUGCCCAAGGGUGCCCGCCCGGGCCCUGGCCUCCUGGACAAUGCCAUCGACUCGGGCAGCUCGGCUGCUCAGCUGCCUCAGAAGAGCAUCCUGGAGCGGAAGGAGGUGCUCGUAGCUGUGAUUGUAGGUGGGGUGGUGGGCGCCCUCUUCGCUGCCUUCCUGGUCACGCUGCUCAUCUACCGCAUGAAGAAGAAGGAUGAAGGCAGCUAUACGCUGGAGGAGCCCAAGCAGGCGAGCGUCACGUACCAGAAGCCUGACAAGCAGGAGGAGUUCUACGCCUAGUGGAGCCACUGUGCCUCCCCGUAGCCUCAGCGCCACCCCUCUGCCCUGUCCCCAGCCCGGUCCCACCAGCCCUGGCCUGGGAUGGGGCCAGGGAUGGAGUCUGGCCCUGGUUCAUCUCUGCCUGCCUGCCCAGUUCUGCCCAGACUGCCAGCCUCACACAGAUCUUCCCCAGGGGACAGAGGGCGCUGCCAUCUGCCCCAGACUGUGCCCUUACGAGCUCAUCUCUUGUCCCCCCCACCAGCCUGGGGCUUCAGGACCUCAUGUCAGAUGGACAGGAGGAAGGAAGCUCCUGAUUGGCUGGUGGAAGAAGGGGUGGGGCUUGAGCCCCAAGCUGGCCCGGGCCACAGGGCUGGCCGAGGUCUCCUUUUGGGGCUAGAGAGGGCCUCAGGCUGGUUUCCAGGACAAGCAUUUGGCAAGCUCAGCCCGUGAAAUCGAGACCCUGCAGCCUCUUGCUCCUGUCCCAGGGCCCCUCUCUGCCUGGGUGAGAGGGUAGCCCUUGUUUGCCAGCCUGUUUUGUUCUGGCCUCUCUGGGGUUGUGGGGUCAUUCUCCCCUCACCCCCCUGAUACACAUGCACCCACAGGCUUCACUUCCUUCCCAGUCUGCCCCUGAGGCAUCUGCUUCCCAGAGGUGCCCUGGCAGCCCCCGGUGAGGAGGAGCUGGGCUGCUUGGACCUGCCUCCCGCAAGCGGACUCUGCACAGACACCAUCUCCCACACGGUCACACACUUGGUCACACACACAGACAGCAGCGUGCAGUGACAAAAUCAUGCUCAAUCCUGGCCACCCAGCCAAUCAAGACGUGUUACAGACACACACACGUUCUUCCAAAGAUGUUUAUUCUCAUGUGUUUCUCACGCACCCCAAAUGCUCAUGACAGUGCAAGUCACUAGUGAUUGUUGCCCAGCGGUGACAGUGUGGCCUGCUUCCCUCUCUGUCCCCCCACCCUGCCACACGUCAUCGGGCACCCGACACGUCUCCAGCUUUCAGGCUUCCUGGGGAGGGUGGAGUCAGGCCGGAACAAUCAGCCCAUAUUGGGUCCCUGAGCUGCCCUGUCACACUCAGUCCUCACCAUGACGCCCACACCAACUGCACUGUCACCAACCCCAGCGUGUCAGACACAAUCCCGUGUGGAUGCACACUCUCACCUUGUGCAACCCGCUCUUACACUGGAGGAUGAUGGGGGCACUUACCCUUUCCGGAGGAAAGUGUGGGUGGGGAGAUGUUGCCACAAGCCCCCUCAGGGCACUGCCCUCCGGUCGUCCUGGCGUCACCCCUGCCUGCUUGCCUCCCCUCUGUAGCCUGCGGAGGGGUGGUUGGGGGCCAGUCCCCACUAGCUGGGAGCCCUGUAGGCUGAUGCCUGGAGUUUGGCCUUGGGCUGGGAGGGGGCUUGGGCCUCCCAGGACCAAAGGCCGUGGGUGGGGAGGGCGGAUGUGGUCUGGCUCCUGGUUCCCCUGCAUCCCCCUCCGGCUCUGAGCUCGGGGCUGACUGCCUCCCAGGACACAAGUCUCCAAAGUGCCUGUGAGGGGGGCCCGCCGCCGGGCCCUCUGCACCCUCUCCCCUUGGCCCCAGGCCCACCUCAGCCCACCCUGGGGUCACCCCGGGCCCCACCCGAGGACACCUGCCCGCUCGUUUGGCCUAACCACCUGCUGGUUCUCCUGGCUGCAGCCCGUCCAGCCGCACUGCCCCAGGCCGAGGGCUGACAGCAGGCAGGGGUUGGGGGUCACAGGCCCCGGCCCACCUCCCCCUUCCUUGUUACCCUUGCAAGUGGGGCCACUUCCGUAGAUAUUUUAAAUGUGGGGUCACAAAUCUUCUUUUGUGGGGGUGUGCUUAGCAGGGGCCCUUGGAGCCCAGGGCUGUGGUCUGAGUUGUGGCUGGCUGGGGCUCACCCUGACCCCUCACCCGCAACCCACAUGAAAGUCAGGAACCCAGGUUUUAUUUCUGUUCCCUUUUUAAGAGUCCCUGGCAACAGACUUGUGCAGGGGAAGGGGCGGGGGUGCCUGAGAUAGUGAGGGGGAGGUUCCAGGGAGCUUCCACGGCCUGCCUCUUCCACCUGUCCUGCUUCUAGGCUGGACUCCAUCUUUCAGGCCCAGCGCCCUUCCUGGCAGGGCCUGGAUGCUGUUGAGACUAGCCGGUCCCAGCCUUUGGGAGGGAGGGAGUGGGAGGAGGCCUCCUGGGCCCAGGAUCUGUUGGCGUGGCCUGGCCUCAGUCAUUCCUGGAGCAGAAGGGCUGGGCAUGGGGGAGACCAAAGUCCCAGCCUCCCUCUCCCCUGCCCCCUGGUGGGCUACUGUCGUGGGGACAGCAGCUAAGGUGAGAAGGCCUGGGCAGGCCGAGGCUGAGAAACCAGGGAGCAUAGAGGAGAGAGGACCCGGACAGUCCAGGGAUGCUGGGACAGGGUAGGAGACCCAGCAGUGGGUGCGGCUUCUGCCUGGGGCUGAAGCCUGUGGUGGGGGCGGGUCCAGCACAGGAUGGAUGAGCUGGGUUUAGGCUGGCUGGAGUGGGCUUGGAGGGGCCUGCCUGGGUCCAGCCUGGGUCCAGCCUGGCCCCAGCAGGCCUGGCUCCUUGCAUCCUGAGGGCUGGUUUCUAACCUGGGGCCUGGGGCUUCGCCUCCUGGCACUGGCCUCUUGUCUGUGUCCUUAGCAUUUGAGAGAUGAGGCCGAGGUCAAGGGCCUUGUUCAUAGAGCUUUGGACCCAAGACAAAUGUCCAGGCUUUAUCCUCAUGAAGUUUAACACAGUCCGGCCAGCCCAGCUCAGGCAAGGCGAUGCAAGAGAGUGAGGUCGGUUACAAGGGCGAGCUGGCGCUCUCGUAGGUGCAGUGUGGGUGCGGAGCCUCACCCUGCCUGACGCGUUGUGUGAUGUGUGCAAGGCUGCCCAUGCAGGUCCCCAGACUCCGUAGGGCUCCUGGGGAGGGGGUCCUCCGGGGCCCUGGCACUUCCUGGAAGCACGGCUGAUUCCAAAGGAGGAGCUUGUAUAGCUUGUGAAUCUCUGGGGCCUCGGCUGUGGGAGAGCAUGAGGUGGGCUGGGGCCUAGGAAGUUGGGGGCUGGGCCCACCCCCAGCUGUGACUUCUGGAACCCGGGCUGUCUCCCCAGGGGCCCGGAGGGGAUACGGAUCCUGAAAGUCUGGUCCCCUUGUUCGCUGGAGGUGGGUGGAUGGUAGCCAGGGCUGGGCCGGGCAGGUCUGCGGGCAGUGGCUUGGGGUGCCCAGGCUGGAGCCCCCUGGGGUUGGCAAAGCCAUCUGUCCAGUCCUCCAGGCUGGGGCCCUGGGCACAGGGGGCAGACUCAUCUCUGCUUCUCGGGGCAGGAGUGGCCACCACCUCGGCUCUCCUGCGUUUCUUCUGACAGCCACCACCCUGGACCUGCUUCCUAGGCCUCCAGCCUGUAAAUAGAAGCCCACAGACUGUACAGAUUUACAGAGACGCCGAGACUGGGCCCCGGAGUUGCCGUCUGAGGACUGACAGCCCUGGCAUCUCCCAGGUGCCCACCUGGCAGCUCAGUGCCCCCCGGUCCCAGCGUGGCAAAUGCAUGUAAAUAUUUUUCGUAGGCAGCGUGGCUCCAGAGAGCCCCCUGAAGACAGUGUCCCUCCUGUGCAUCCUUUCUCCUGUACAGAGCCCUCCAAGAACCCGGCCUGGGGUGGGUGGCAGCUUGUCCUUCCCUCCCCAAGGCCUUCCCUGCCCUCUCUCUCCCCAUAACCCGUUUAUUAACCAUACCUGUCCUGAGUUCAUGGCCAAAACCUUAAGUAAGGAAAAGCAGAGGAAAAAGACUGAGAAAGAGACCCAGGCGUCUGUCCCACGGGGCCACCUGUCCCCACCUUGUGAAGGAACUGUUUGUUUUUGUUUUUUGUUCGUUUUUUUCUUUUUUAACACUUCCCGUGCUGUGCCCAUUUAUAAGAGGAAAUAAAAUUAAACUGAAACGAC